UCCAAGCUGAAGUGUAUGCGCUGGAGAUCUACUGCAUGCUGCUUGUUCAAAAAAUCCAUCCCUCUUAUGGUACCAUAAGAAGGUAAUAUUGGCAAAGAAAAGUCAAACUCCUAGGGAGGAAAGGAGCAGAUGCAUCAUCAAUGCUGGUUGUUCUUGGAAGACGAGGAAACGGCAGGUACUCAAAACUGAGGGCCGAAACUCUCAUACUUGAGGACCAGAACUAGUUUCCUCCUUCCCUUCUACUUUUGUUUGAGUCUGAUGGUGGAAUGAAUACUUCAGCAAUAGAUCAUCCCAAGGUUGAUCACGCAAAACAAAUCCUAAUUGAUUAGUAACAUCGAACGUACUAGAAACCCUUUUCAGUAUGUGUUAAUUUCACCCGGUAGCUGAAACAAAUUUUCCGUUUGUAAUCGCGAGCUUUAAAAAAAAAAUCCGCAUAUAGCGAUGUUACUUUCCAGCGGUUUAUCAUUUGCAUUAAAAAGUAACCUUUUUUAUUUUGCUGGUAUAAAUACCCAAUCGCCAAUCGGCGCCGGGGUUAAACGAGCAAAAUGGCGCCCCGUCUCCUGAUCGCCGCCGUCGUCUUGAUAUCGAUUAAACCUGUUGAUCGAACCAACGCUGAAAUCCUCACAGAAGUAAGAAGUGAGAACCUACCCCCUCUGCCCACCCCCGAAAGCUUCCUCUCGGAAUUACUGAACGUCACCGUCAAGAGCGUCUACAAGGUUGCGAAAGCGUUCGAUUUCAUUAAUGACGAUUGCUCCAAAUACGUCCACCUCUUGUGGUACGAAAAGGACGGCUCUUACAAGAACUACUCGCUUGACUCCGAUCAAAUUCCCACCGACUUGUCGGGGGAGCUUAAGGUGAUCAUACACGGCUGGAGAUCCCAAGGUAACAGUUCGUGGAUACGAGACAUGGCGACCUCGUUUCAGCAAAUAGGGGUCGCCAACGUUUUGGCUGUCGACUGGUCGAGCCUGGCGGCACAGAAUUAUCUAUCGGCCGCUGCUGCCACGAAGAAGGUAGGCGAACACGUCGCCGAGGUAAUUUGGGGAAAGAUUUUCGCCGCUCAAACUGACUAUUUCAAUAACUUGCACGUCAUCGGGCAUUCCUUGGGAGCUCACGUGGCGGGCUUCGUCGGGAGGAACCUCGUGGGCUACUCCAACGGCACCCAGAUAUCCAAAAUCAGCGGUCUCGACGCGGCGGCGCCCCUAUUCGAGAUUCCCGUGGCCAUACCGAGCGUGUACAGACUGACUUCCGACGACGCCCAGUACGUCGAAGGUAUCCACACCAACGCGGGGUUCCUCGGGUUCUUGAGCCCAUUCGCUACCGUCGAUUACUACGUGUCUUUCGGUGGUCCCAUCCAACCGGGUUGUUUGGAAGGGAUAGACUUGAUCGGCGCUUUUAUUUGCAGCCACGGAAAGGCCUACGAGUUUUACACCAGGACCAUCACUUCCGACCAGUACCUGGCAAGAGCUUGCAGCAGUUCGCUAUUGGCGUUUAUAGGUCUCUGCAAUAAGAACCCAGUGGUGAUCGUGGGAGAGCAUGGUAAUGCCACAGAAGCCGAGGGUCAAUUUUUCGUGCUCAUUGACGACGAGCUCGACCCUAAGUUCCCCGUGAAAGGGAAAUAGGCGCCAGCUUGGGGACAAGCGUUCUUGCGCACUUUGGCAUUUUUGUACAGUGGCAUCAUAAUUCUAAUUAUAAUGUAGAUGUAUAUUUUUCAAUAAAGA